AAGGUUUUAUUAUACGAAACGUGAGCUAAUCAUCACUGAACCGCUUUAACCUUCCUUCAAUAGUAAAGAGAAAUAUAAAAAAAAAUCCUUAUGCUGCAUUAGUCAUAAUGGGGGAAAAACCAACGACAUGAAAUUAGAAAACACUUUUUUUUUCGUCUGAACCGCGCAGAUGAAAAGAUCAUGUGACUACAUUUUUUUCAUAUUUUUUAUCGUGUAAACGUUGAAGUCGAGACGAGUUGGCUGGCGGUCGGUGUAAAAUAUCAUUUUGAGCUCUCACAUUUUGAAACAAUAACUAUGGAAGAAAAUAGCAAGCGUUUGGAUUGAUGUGUAAUAGAGUGAUAAACGGCGUGUUAAGGUGUUUAGACUGAUGAGUGAAUAUCCUUUCAUAAUAUAUAUAUAUAAACGAGACUGACACGUUAAGAUCCACCAACAAUGGAAUCAUGUCCGCCAAACGUCCAGACAACGCCAACUUGGGUGGCACCAGGUGUUAUAGUGACACGGGCGGAAUGUUCCUAUACUGAAAAUGGGCCAGAUUGCAACCUUGCUGACGGGGCGCCGAUGCCCAAUAAAGAGCUUCACCUCUCGGGUGAAGGGAAGACCGCCAGAACAAAGCCCGCCCUCAUUGGCGAGAGAGACGUCCCCCGGCUUGCUGAAACUACAGGGCGAACACGCUGUGCAACAUGCGGGAAGUGGUUCCACAGCCGCCAGCAGCUAUCGCAGCACGCGCUUGUGCACUCUGGUGUCAGGAAAUAUAAAUGCCGCUUCUGUGACCGCGCGUUCAAGCAGCCGUCGCACCUCCAUCAGCAUCACAGAAUACAUACAGGUGAGAAACCAUACACAUGCAGCAUUUCCGGUUGCAACAGAGCCUUUCCCCAGCUAUCCAACCUCAAUCACCACCUUCGGAAUCACGACAAGCCGGAACCGCCCCCGGAAAACACUUGUGUCUUCUGUGACCGGGCGUACGCCAGUGAGACGGUGCUGCGGACACACCUGGAAAAGAUUCAUGGAUGCAGCCCAGAAAGUAUGUCUGCAACGAGGUCUACCAACUAUGACUCCGCGAAAAAGGGAAAACCCAUGUGUUCAAUAAACAACAAUGUGACGUCACAGGGGAUACCUGAGGCUUCUUCUUUACACAGUUAUAUGUUACCCUCGAUAAGACCUACGAUAUCACCUUCGGCCGUUAAUGUGGACAAGAAUAUCGCAUCCCUCAGUAGCGGUUUCGAGAGCGCUGUUAUCAUCCGAACAUUAUAUCCGAAAUCUGUCCCUGCUCCCAAAAACUUUAUCACAAAUACUGGAUUGUAUAGCAGCAUACUAAACGAUAUUCACAAUGGUAAAACGCUGAACAAUACUUGUAUUGAUUUAACAAACAACGAUUAUAAAAAUGUUGACAACAGUGAUUCGGUACCGCCAUUGAAGAAGGCCAGAUUUGUUGUUUCUAACGAAAGUGUUUUACCUGCAAGUGGCAUUAAUAUACCAAAUGCUUAUGUUUCCGGGAUUUACAUUCAACCUAAUGCUGGCAAUUCCAUACCGACCAUGAACCCGUCGAAUAUAAACGGGACCGAGCUAAAUUGUUCACAAGAGAACGGAAUGGAGUUUAUAGAAGACAUUUCUGUCAUGCAAUAUAACUACUCAUUAGGCGAUGAUACAAAUGAUCCCUACGAACAAACAGAUAGACAAAACGGCUUUGCAACCAGCCACGUUAACGGGACCGCCUUGAAUGGUCAUGCAAUAGUAGGUCAUACAGAAGUAAAACAGUAUGGUAACACUAAUUACCCAACGACAGAACUCAACGAAUGGACGGACGGUGGCACCGAUGGGACACUAGAAGGAAACGUCGCGACUGCCUUCCGCUGCCGGAAACGGAAAGCUUCUCAGCCACAGAGAGUUGUGUAUGCGACACAAGAGUAGACUAAACAUUUCCAAAUAUGUCGACGAAUUUGCUCCUUGUUCUCCAUCUCUCAUUCCCUUUAUAUACUUCUCUAAAUAUGCUAAGGGUCAUCGUAUUGUGUCUAACACUGAUUGACUGAUUCCGGUGCUUUAUAGAGAUUAAGCAAUGAUAAAAGAAUGUUUCCACUGUUUGUAACUAAAGCAUAUUCUCACGUCCAAAAUCGAGUGUCAGCACGCACAUAGCUGGUACACAAAUCAAAAGAAGUCAUUUCCGCUAUUAUUUUACUCGCUCAUCAAUCGAUCAAAAACUGUUAAAGGAAUACAUAUAUCAAGAAAUUGAAACUACAAACACCAGCAGCAAAUUGUAUCAAACUGAUAAAGUCAUUGGUUUGCUAAAAAUUGGCCAAAAUAUUUAUUGAUUGGUCAUUAUUUAUCCAAAGAUUAAGAGUAACCAAUCAAAUCAUUCAAAUUUGCAAGCUGGCCUUAAGAUAACCUUUAAACAAUACAUUCAAGUUGUAUACAAUAGGCUGCUGCGGAUAUAUUUGUUUUUAAAGUUAUUUGCACUUGCUUCGCUUUUACAACUCCGAUUGGAUAUGAAAUCCCUUAGAUAUGCCUUCCUUACCUUACAGACGAUUAAAUGCUUAUACCGCUUCCGUAUCAUAACUCUAACCGGUGUUUUAAAGGGGCUGUACUUCGUAUGAUGAAAAAGCGAAAAGAAAAAGAAAACUGUCGAAAACUGACAUAAACUUGGUAUUGAUGUGUACAAUGCAUUAAAACUUACUAACUGAAGUACCACAUAGUUUACAAUUAAUCUAUUUUUCACAGUUUAUUUGGUAUUAUUCCAUUAAAAAAAGAUUACUAGGUAUGUCUACCUAGUAGAAUUCAUUCCCUAUUCGUGAUUUGCUAGUCGAUGUUAUCACGUGAUAAUACCAAGUUAGGUAUAUAGCUGAAAUAUUCCAAUCAUUGAGAAUAAGCCUUCGCAGCACAGUGAAUACAACACUGGUCUGCAAUGUUGGCGACCCCGGUUCGAACCCGGUUUCCGACUCGAUUUUUCUUUACAUUUUGGUAUUUUUUUUACAAUUAUGAUAUCAAAGAGUAAACCAUUUUAUUAAAUAAUUGUCCUGAGAUUCGUUACAGAAAAAAACAACGUUUCUUUGCGCCAAUCUGGUGUACAGUCCCUUUAAUCAAAUCUACGAUUACAUGUAUUUCGAUUAAAUAAAGCAUAUUCUAGUUCGUGUCCACACUUCAUUAUAUAAUUAUUAUUUUUUUAUAUAUAGUUUACGAUCAUAUCACAAAGAACAUAAGAAGUUCAAAUGUAAGAUAAUUUGUUCUGCAAUAUACGACCAUGUCGCAUGUAAUAUACGACCAUAUCACAUGUUAUAUACGACCAUAUCACAUGUAAUUUACGAGCAUAUCACAAACAUCGUUAAGAGUUCUAAUAUGAGUUCGUUUGUUCUUCAAUAUACGACUAUAUCACAUAGAAUAUACAAUUAUAUUAUAUAAAUGGUUAGAAGUUCAAAGAUGAAUAUGUUUGUUAUUAAAUCUACGACCAUA